CAGCAGUAAAAGCAAGUGACUUGUGUGUGUUGGAAAGGUGAAGAUGUCGCCGUACAGCUUUAAGUUAUGAUGAAAACAACACUGCAAACAUUGGCGAACAAGUGGAACUCUUAUAAAUACCGGUUUGUGCCAUGGAUAGCUCUAAACCUGGGCAAAAAUGAGAGGACACUGCGCCACGUCAGGGAACGCUCUCAAGACAAACUCAUUUCUGAUGAAGAAGUUUCUGCAUCCUUAUUGAAACUCUUCAGGGCUCUAUUUAAAAGUGAUUUGUUCAGGCAGAAGGAGGUUCUAAGUUUUCUUCCAGCCUCUGUGCAAUCUGCAUACCAAGACACAUUAACUCCCUGUCAGUUCAUAAACAGAGCUGAUCAUUAUAAUGACAAGGGAGCCUCCUUUUUUUCAAAUGAGGUUAUGUUGGAUACGCUGGGGUUUAGUAUUCACAGAGCACCUAGUUCACUCUUGUCUGCAGGAAGAGGAGUCUUUGUUGCCAAGGGGACUGUGCCAAAAGGAACCGUUGUGUCCAUGUACCCGGGUACAGUCUAUCAAACACAUGAGCCCAUCUUCUUCCAGUCCAUCCGGAACCCUUUUGUUUUUCGGUGCAUAGAUGGCGUCCUCAUUGACGGUAAUGACAACGGAAUUUCAAAGGUUGUGUUUAGGUCAUGCAGUGGAAGGGACAGACUGGGUCCUUUUAAACUGAGUGACAUCACUUGGCUCACCACCGCUCCAGAGAACCCAUUGGCUGUGGGUCAAUAUGUAAACAACUGCUCAAAUGAAAAAUCUGCUAAUGUUUGCUAUCAGGAAUUUGACGUGCCUGCAGAAUUUCCAGUAGAACUUCGCCAGUACCUCCCCAAUGUGAAUUACAGGCAUGACAUACAAAGGCCUCUGAGAUGUGUAGUCCUUGUUGCACUAAGGGACAUCCAGCAAGGGGAGGAGCUGUUUUCAAACUACUACACAAUUGUACAUUAAACUGCCCUCAGAAACACUGGGAGAGAUAAACUGCCAACAUCUGUGGUAACCUUUUUGUACUGUAAUACAUUUUAUAGUACAACAGUGUUCCUAAUAAAAGCAAAAGGAAGACACACAAAAUACCAAAGCAGGGGUGCCGAUACUUUUGUCAUGAACAAAUAAUUUAAAUGAAAUAAGUUUUUGUUGUUUUUUAAAUGACUAGAAAUUGUGUAUUUUGUUUCAUUAAAAAGUGGUUAAAAGCUUACUAAAUGCUUGUCCUUAAAUCCGUUACCUUAUGGUAUAACACGCAUAGGGUGCCAAUACUUUUGUCUGCAACUGUAAAUACUGGAAUUACAUAGGCUGGGUUUACAUGCAGGUGAAAAUCGACUCUACAAUCAUGGCUGUGUGACGUUGUUACGUGAAUACAUCGUGAAACAGCAAAAGCACGUCCUUUGGUCAGCGCGACUUUAAGGGCAGGGUUAAUCGCUUUCUCACGAUAAAAAUAGCUGUAAAACUCAGUCAGUCAGAUUUCAGCAGUCAAGAUCCCGUUUAACUGGUGGAAUCUCAUGUUAUUCCCCAGCAAAACUAUACCAAACCCCCCCCCCCCCCCCACUCACACACACACACAAGAAAGAACGCAAGAGACGCUGCAAAUGUAAACCUCUCGUAUAGCCUAUUAUAAAUGUUUGUAAAAAUGCAUGUUGUUAAACACAACUAACCAAACCUUUAGCCUCAUAUUAUUAUUAGUAGUAGUAAUAGUCAUAUUUUCUUGCUAUAGUUCUUUUAAGAUGUCACAGGAACAACAGAGCACUCUUCCACCGCACAGAACUGGAAUGAAUUGUUAGCAUCAAUUGGCAUAUUGUGCAAUAAGUAAUGGAUAUAGUUAACAAACAACAUAAAUGUACCUUAUCUCUUUAAAUAAAGACUUUUGUUUGAAUGUUUAUAAUAUUACAAGACAUCCACGUUUCAUUAUAAUG